AUGGCGUGCCCCUUCCUUGAAGAGCCAGUAGAUGUUGAAGCCCAAAUUCUCCGCAGAGCUCUCCGCCGGGAGAGAAUUUUACAUUUAUUUUCAGGGUUCCCAGGCGUGAUUGGCUGUAUAGAUGGCACUCACAUUCCAAUCAUUGCUCCUUCAGUAAAUGAAGGAGACUAUGUGAACAGGAAGUCUUUCCACAGCAUUAAUGUACAGAUCAUAUGUGAUGCUGCCAACAUUAUCACAAAUGUGGAAGCCAAGUGGCCAGGCUCUGUUCAUGACUCACAAAUUUUUCGUGAAUGUACACUGAGCACAAAAUUUGGACAUGGAGAGUUCACUGGCUACUUGCUUGGUGAUAGGGGGUAUCCAUGUUUACCCUAUUUGCUUACCUCUUACCCUGACCCUGAACCGGGCCCACAGCAGCGAUAUAAUCUGGCUCAUUGCAGGACAAGAGCCAGAGUUGAAAUGACUAUCGGAAUGCUUAAGGCCCGGUUCCAGUGCCUUCAAAGACUCAGGGUCACCCCAGAAAGGGCAUGUGACAUUAUUGUGGCAUGUGUGAUUCUUCACAACAUUGCCACAAUUAGAGGAGAACACUGUCCUUCUGAACCAAACAUCAGCAGUGAUCCAAACCAUGAACAUCCUGACCCUCCCACGGACAUACAACAUGGAAGAGCAGUCAGAGACACCAUAUGUCACAAUCAUUUCCUUUGA